AUGCUCUGGGCACUGACCACGGCCAGGGCGGUCCUGGGGCACAGGGCGGCAGGCUGGGUGAGGACUAUGGCCUCCCACUCGCUGUUGGUGGCCCCCCCGGCGGCCCUGAGCAAGCCGCUGUCCAUCCCCAGCCGGCUGCUGCUGGGGCCAGGCCCCUCCAACCUGACCUCCCGCGUCAUGGCGGCCGGGGGGCUGCAGACGCUGGGCCACAUGCACCAGGAGGUAUACCAGAUCAUGGACGAGAUCAAGCAAGGCAUCCAGUACGUGUUCCAGACCAGGAACGCCCUCACCCUGGCCAUCAGCGGCUCGGGGCACUGCGCCCUGGAGGCCGCCCUGUUCAACCUGCUGGAGCCGGGCGACCCCUUCCUGGUCGGGGUCAGUGGCAUCUGGGGGCAGCGAGCCCAGGACAUCGCGGAGCGCAUCGGAGCCCGCGUGUACCCGAUGAUCAAAGCGCCUGGAGGCCACUUCACUCUGCAGGAGGUGGAGGAGGCCCUGGCCCGGCACAAGCCAGCGCUCCUGUUCCUGGCCCAUGGAGAGUCGUCCACUGGCGUGAUGCAGCCCCUUGAUGGCUAUGGGGAGCUCUGUCACAGGUACCAGUGCCUUCUCCUGGUGGAUUCGGUGGCAUCCCUGGGGGGGGCCCCCAUCCACAUGGACCGGCAGGGCAUUGAUGUCCUCUACUCGGGCUCCCAGAAGGUCCUGAACGCGCCCCCAGGCACCUCGCUCAUCUCCUUCAGCGACAAGGCCAAAAGUAAGAUCUAUGCUCGUAAGACCAAGCCCGUCUCUUUCUACCUGGACAUCAUGUGGCUGGCCAACAUCUGGGGCUGUGAUGACAAGCCCAGGAUGUACCACCACACCACCCCUGUUGUCAGCCUGUACAGUCUGAGGGAGAGCCUGGCCCACCUGGCGGAGCAGGGCCUGGAGAACAGCUGGCGGCAGCAUCGAGAGGCCUCUGAGUACCUGCACGCAUGUCUGCAGGGGCUGGGCCUGCAACUGUUCGUGAAGGACCCGGCGCUCCGGCUGCCCACCAUCACCAGUGUGGUGGUCCCCACGGGCUAUGACUGGAGGGACAUCGUCCAGUACAUCAUGGACCACCACGACAUCGAGAUUGCGGGCGGCCUUGGGCCCUCAGCGGGGAAGGUGCUGCGGAUCGGCCUGCUGGGCGGCAACGCCACGCGGGAGAAUGUGGGCCGGGUGACCCGGGCCCUGCGGGAGGCCCUCCAGCGCUGCCCCCGCAACAAGCUGUGA